AGUCCUCUAAGAUCAUCCACGUCUCAGCGUUCACCUGCCACUUUUGCCUGCUGUCUGUGUUCCCCAAGUGCCACAUCUCCAUGGUUCUUGAACACCUCCGGGGACAGAGACCCCCCUCUCCCCCCGCCACCUCCCUGAGCAGCCCAUACCACUGCAUUACCACACUUUCAGAGAAGUUCUUGCUAAUAUCCAAGCCUGCAGGCUGAGCGGGAUGCUGCCGUUCCUCACGGUGGCUGAAAAGUAUUUUUGAGGACCAUGUCGUUGGGUAUCUGAUGCAGUAAAUCCAACAAUAACCACUAGUGAUACUCAGCCUGGGAAAUGGCCCUACCCAUGCAUCCAAUGCUCUCUGCUUUGGAAACCUGCUGCUGGUUCCUGAGCCAAAUUCUUUCAGGCACGUUUUUACCAUCCCGUUUUUCCUGCUGGGGACGAUGGUGCUGCUGGCUGCUCUGCUCAGCCAUUUCCUCCUCUUUGACAGACAGAAACAGUUAACUGGGCCUACUGCAAAGCUCGUGUCCUUGUUUCCCUCCCAGGCUGCCUAGCCAGAGAGAGGAGUCACUGCAUGGUGACACAGUGCAAGAGCAGACGUGCAUUCCCUCACCCAGAGAGUAUUUUGGGGAGCUGUGUGAGACUCUGCCAUGUCCCUGGGGUUUUCUGAAGCAUGAGCAGCCUGUGCUUUCCUCUGGCUGGGGCUGGCUGUUUAAGUUCAAUUGAGAUGUUUGGGACAUUGCGUAAGCACCAGUGUCUCUCCUGCAGACACCGAAUCCUACCAGCCAUGCAGGCCCUCCAGAUGAGGUGCUUUGACCUGCAGGCUCUGCUGUCUGCAGCCCCCUGUGCCAUCACCCUUCCAAAGCCUAUCCAUCUGCCCUGCACAUUGCUUCCCUCCCCACAUUCAGCUUCAAGAGUUGGACUCAAUGUUCCUUGUGGGUCCAACUCAGGAUAUUCUGUAGCAGGGGGGUUGCCUGCAAGAUCAGCCCCCCAUCCCAAUGCCACGUUGAUGAUAGAAAGGAAAUGAAUGCUUUCCCUCAGAAAUACUGCUCCCAGGCAGGGAUCUUUCAGCUUUCAGCCACUUGAGAUAUCCUGGCUGUGAGUGCUCAUUCUGGAAAGGCUGCUGGCUCACACAGUCCUCCUGCUGCUCCCAAGGCGAUGUGGUGCUGGGGAGGAGCAGCCUGUCCCUGAUGUAGCCACUUCUCCAAGGGCACGAGGGGAAGGCUGACAUUCAAUGGGGCUUUGUUGAAUGAUGACGAGGUGCUUGGCUUGGCUUAGCAUGAGGUGGGAGCUCUCAGGCUACCAGCAACUCAGGCAAAGUAUUUUUCGUGUGUUGGGGACAGAGUGGGAGCACCUGGAUGUGAGCAAGGGUGAAGCAGGUGCCUAGAGGUAGGGGUGUGUGCACCCCCCUUCCUUUGCUGGGCUUGCUGCUCUAUCCAGAAGACCUUUGCUGGAGAAGCCAGCUGGUUGGCUCCUGUUUGAACAGGAAUAGAUGCUCACAUGGGAUGGACACGGCGUUUGGUUGAGCAGGACUCAUUCCAUCACUGUGACCAAGGCAUGGAGGACUGCCCAGCGUCCUGGUGUAGACAUGAGGAGAUCCAUUGGGCCGGCGGAGCUCCAGCACACAUCCCCUGGUUAUAACUGAGUAGCCCUUAUGACCAACAUGAGCUGGAGCUUUCUCACCCGCCUGCUAGAAGAGAUCCACAACCACUCCACUUUCGUGGGGAAGGUCUGGCUCACCGUGCUCAUCGUCUUCCGCAUCGUCCUGACGGCGGUCGGUGGAGAAUCCAUCUACUCUGAUGAGCAAAGCAAGUUCACUUGCAACACCAAGCAGCCUGGCUGUGACAACGUCUGUUACGAUGCCUUCGCCCCGCUGUCACACGUUAGGUUUUGGGUCUUCCAGAUCAUCAUGAUAUCCACACCUUCAGUCAUGUACCUGGGCUACGCCAUCCACCGAAUCGCCCGGUCAGCGGAGGAGGAGAAGAAGUUCAAGGGCUUCAAGAAGAAGAAGCAGUUUGCUUUGAACUGGCAGGCGGUGCGCAACAUGGAGGAUGCGAUGGAGGCGGAUGAAGAGGAGCCCAUGAUCUCUGACGACACAGCAGAAAAUGAGAAAGCCAAAGCCAAGCCCAAGAGCAAAGAGCAGCAAAAGCACGAUGGAAGGAGGCGAAUUCAGCAGGAAGGACUGAUGAAAAUCUACGUCUUCCAGCUGCUUACCAGAGCUUCGUUUGAAGUUUGUUUUUUGAUAGGGCAGUAUUUGCUCUAUGGUUUUGAGGUAGAAGCUUAUUUUGUCUGCAACAGACUGCCUUGUCCUCACACGGUGGACUGCUUUGUGUCCCGGCCAACAGAGAAGACAAUCUUUUUGCUGGUGAUGUAUGUGGUGAGCUGUCUGUGCUUGCUGCUGAACAUGUGUGAGAUGUUCCAUCUGGGCUUCGGGACCAUCCGAGAUGCCAUCCGCAACCGGAAAAUCAACAGCUUCAGGCAGCCCCCCUACAACUACGCCUACCCUAAAAACAUCUCCUGCCCCCCCGAGUACAACCUGGUGGUGAAAUCGGAGAAGUCCACCAAGAUCCCCAACAGCCUGAUGGCUCACGAGCAGAACUUGGCUAACGUUGCGCAGGAGCAGCAGUGCACCAGCCCGGAUGAGAACAUCCCAGCGGACUUGUCCACCCUCCACAAACACCUGCGAGUGGCCCAGGAGCAGCUGGACAUAGCAUUUCAGAGCUAUGGCAGCAGCCAGGGCAACGCGCAGCCCUCCCGGACCAGCAGCCCUGCCUCGGGUGGCACAGUGGUAGAGCAAAAUAGGGCUAACACCGCCCAGGAGAAGCAAAGCGCUAAGCCCAAAGCGUCCUUGGAGAAAGGCAGCUCCAGCAGUAAGGAUGGAAAGACGUCUGUGUGGAUAUAGCUUGUCUGGCAGCAGAGAGGGCAGUGUAAAUGGGGUUUUAUUUUGGGUUCUGGUUUUCAGUAUGUCAGUUUAUUUCACAGGGCACAGACACAUUUUUUCUGUGGAAGUCAAGAGAGAAAAGGAAUUUCAGACCAAUUUAGUACUGUCUUCCGGUGCAUUAACAAAAGACAUUUCCUUCCUCUUUCCAACACGUUCUCCAGCCGGGAACCUCCAGUGAGUGACGGCGACUGCUGCAUCCCGCCGAGGCUGGACAGCCCGCUGUGAUGGAAGCAGAGAGCAGCUUCCACACACAGAGCUGCAGUCAGACGGCCUUUAAUUACUAAAUAUCCUUAAUCAAAAUUAAUUUCCGAUUCCAUGAUUAGAAAGGAAAGUGACUGAUAUGUCGAUGAACUUUCACGGCACGCUCCCAGCUAACGUCUCGCCGGAAUUUUUCAGCGCACAGCAGGCAGCACUGGAAGUGAAGGCAGCAGAGGUGCACGCAUAGCACAGCACUGAUGGUUUUCAUCUUUUAUUCUGUGCAGAAACAAAAAGCAAAUACGGCCAAACACUCCGCAGUGUGAGUUGGCAGUGACAUUGCUGCUCGUACUGGUGCCUGUGUAGCGCUUGCUACAGAUGGGAAUCACUGCAAUUACAGUGUUUUUAACAAACUGCUGCUUCACAUCAUCAGAAAGUGCCUUUUUGCAACCAGGAAAACAAAGUCAUAAAGGGUGUUGACUUCUUCAUGUGCUAAAUUUGAGUAAAGAUGGGAAGAUCAGUGUUGGCAGAUUUGUUUUUCUGUUUAAUCAGACUGUUAUACAUAGUGGCAGACAGCAGACCUAUGCAUAGCGCGUAUACGAUGCGUGUGUGUGUACACGUCAGUAUAUAUAUGGACACAUGAACAUGUGUGUGUGAAUAUAGAUACAUAGAUAUAUAUAUAUAAAUGUGAUAUCAACCCUCUGGUAAUUUUACAGCCUUCCACUUUCCCUGGGAAAACUUGCUGGAUCCAGAAGGAGUGUCAGUGGAAAACGGGCAGGUUUCCAUACACUUGCUAGGGAGCUCAGCAGAAGACCUGGGGGACAGGACCCAGGGCAGCAGCAAGAAGGUUGCUCCUGACGUAUGGAGAGAUUUUGUUGGCUUUGCUUGGUUUUAAGGCAGUCUCCUUGCAGUUGCAGAGCUCCAAGGCUCCUGCUGGUGCUGGAUGUGCUUUGGUGGGUGGUUUCAUCCUGGAGCUGAGGCGUUCUUGAGAUGCUUGUGGUGAUUCACCACCAUGGAAGCAAAGUAGGCAGAGCCUUCCAGAUCAAACUUUACAAGGAAGAAUUAAAUCCUUACAGAACACAACAUCAUUCCUGUGCUGAGCUGCUCCCUUACAGCCAUGCCAGCACACACAAGCCCUCAUGCCACUAUUCCUUUCAUGUUACUUCUUGAUAGGCUUACUCAUGACCCUUAGAUCAGUCUUUGGAAGCCUUGAGGCUAUCUGUUCUCCCCAGCCAUUACGAAAGCUGUGCACUGCCCCCAGAGAACAGCACAGGUAGCAAAUACUAGGUUUUAAAAGAUGCAAAUAAAUGUUCUAUGAGGUAUCCAGCUGCAAAUAUUUGGUAUGGCUUUGAGUAACAGUCUGGAGACAGCUCCAGGCUUGUUCCCGAUCCCGCAGGAGGCACUGCCUGGAGCGCUGCCUGCUCUUGCUGCUGGAGUUGUUCUCUUUGGAUAAAGGCAACUGCAUCCCACAGGAGGCUCAGUGCAUCAUGCAGCAGCACUGGUCUGUAGCAGCACACACACAUCGCGUGCAGGGAUGCUUUGUAAUGUGAAUUUUCCAUGAAAGGCUCAAAAAAUUCACAGCAUGGUGAUAGGACAAACAUAUCUGCCCACGCUGCUCCUUGUUCUACAUAUGGGUACCCACCCACUCAGGCAAUGCAGGGAGACUGGGUGCUGCUGGCAGUGCUAUCGUGAAGGAACAGACAGCCCAGGGCUUAUUCCCUUGAAGAUUUGGGGUGUUUGAAGACUGUCUUAUCUCCUUUAGCUCUGCUGCAAGCCAAGAAACCCUACUUUCACCAGCCUGUCAUUUCCAUGCCAUGGAUCCAGCAUGCCAAGAGGGAUGGGCAGGCAGUCCUGCAGCAGAUUUGCAGCCUCCUCCAGGCUGGUGUCACCAGCACAUUUAAUACGCACACACUGUUUUCCAUAGUGGGAGUCAAUAAUUGCAGUAUUGAUGAGCACUAGAGCCGGGGCAGACACUUGGGUGUUCGAUACUAGCUCUUCAUCAGGCAGGAUAACUGCUCACUCUGCCGUCCUCCCAGCCAGCCCUGCUCAUCUGUAGGGCUUGAAAACUUUCUUGCAUAAAAUGCUUUGCAAAUGAGGGCUGAUCUCACUUUCCCAUUUAUUUUUUUUCCAACCUUUUUGACAGGGACUGAAGCACAAGGGCACGCUGCUGGUAGGACUACUUGAUGCCAGAAUCUUGUGGUGGGCUGCCAGGCUCCCAUACACUCCUUAUACCAAGAAGAAGCUGCCCUGUUCCUCCAGCCACCAGCAUGAGUCAGAUAGCCCUAUAAAUAUGGAGGUUUAUUAUUAUAAUUAGAUAUAUCGAAUUGCUCACUUCCCCCUUUCCUCCGCUGCUUGCCCUUUGGAGCUCUUAGGAUGUUGUGUGCUCCACUGAGUCACCUCCACCACCAAGGCAUCGAUGUCUCCGCAGCAGUGACCUCUUCCAGAGCAGGAAGGGAAAUCCCGUCUUUACUGUGUCUGUUAAGGCAGGAAAAGGAUAGGAAGGUAAAGUAUGCAUAACCACAAGCAAAAGCCCUACCACAAACCAAAUCGGCGGCUUGAGGAAUUUCAAGCAGAUGACAGGCAGCAUCGGCCUUGGAAGAAAUGCCAGUAGUAUAAUUAAUGCUUUGCUUUCUUUUCUGCAGGUUAGUCAUUUCGUUCACACUCCAGACGGGUUUAGCUCUGUAGCUGAACUAAUCAUAAAUGUUGAUUCUCUCGCUAAGCUUUGCUGGAUAAAGUGCCCGCCCUUGCAUUUCUGUUCUUACCAUUCAGGGCCAGGAAUGUCCCAUGUAAAAGCCAGAUUACCUUGUUGCUUGCAUUGCAUUCCACUGGAAAAUACUUGAACUUAACUCAAGGCCAUAACCAGUCUGUGCUGUUAUGAAGUUUCUGGGAUAUUUUUUUUUUCGUUUUUUAUGUACUAACUGUAUUUGUACUAGAAAAUUUUUGAGUAUGAGGUUGAAUCUCUCUAAGUAUUUCUCAGUGUAAAUGUUCCAUCUGGACUGUAGUUAGGUUAAGCAUUGGUCAAAAGAGAAUGAAACAUUAGCCCGACUCUUCAACCGGCUAUUCCACGUCCAUUACUAAUAAAAUGGAAUAAAACUUACAUUUUGU